AUGGCACAUCAUCACCGCCAUCUCUCUGAAGACACUGCAAUCUUCUCCCCAUCAGUUGCCAGAGUCGCGGCAUCCAAUGCACGGGAUUGGUUCUAUGUCGAUUCCUGGCUAUCUUCCAAGCUUGGUGGGCGCGCCGUCCCUCAGUUCGAGCGAAACAAGGACACUCUCAGAGCUUUGUUAGCCUUGGCCUCCUUCAAUGAAGCGGCCGACGAGGAGCGCCAGCUGGUAGCGCGUGCAGAGAGCGAGGCACUGGCCCAGCUCGAGCUCGCCAGAGGGAGUCAAGAGGCAGGAUGUUUUCGAGAAGCCCUCCUCGACGCCAUGGAGGACGAGCUUCCUCGCGAGGGCCAGGUCGCACUCGAAUCACUAGCCCAGAUGGCUGUGCAAGCGGGCAUCGCAGCCCCGGAACCCAGGGACCUCGGCCAAAAUAUGGUCCAUUUGCAGCAAACCACUUUCGCCAUGGGGCAGAUGAAACUGCGUGUCCAAACCUUGCAGCGCCAUAUUGAGCAGAGCGGUCAACAAAUACGGGACUUCCUUGAUGUCCUGGAAAGAGACGAGUAUCAGCCUGCGCCUGGUUUGGCCAAGCAAAACAUUGAGCUGCAACGAAAAGCCAAGAUCAUGUCCGCCCAGCUACCCGACAUGGAGGAGCGUGCCGCAGCGCUUGCUUCGUCUGUAGCGACUCGUGGGCCCAGCAUCGAUGUCGUUGCUGAGGAAGAGCAGGCUUAUAUGGAACUGCUCGCAAGAAAGAGACUGCUCGACACGCAAAUCGCCAAGUUCGAGGGGCUGUCCACCGACCCUGACACUGCUCGCUCAGACCUAGAAGCUCUGCGGAAUGAGCUGCAUGCGGCCAAUGCCCAUCGAGACGAGAUGUUCGAAGGCCUUGUGGAGCGUGAGAGUCCGGUGAAGCGCAGGCCUCGAUGA